AAAUUCAUUUACACGGCCAAAUCAUCACCGGCGGCGAGGGUUCCAGAUUUCACCCCCGCAGUGCAUCUAUGAUCUCGACGGCGGUGAGGGCUAUGGCGGCGGCUUCAAGAUUUAUCUUUUUUAUAGUUCUUCUUCUAAUCUCAUCUUGUUCUUCGCUCGCGCAAUCCAUAUCUUAUUCUCAACUGAAAAAUCUGUAUUCCCUCUCCCACACGUUGCUGAUCCGCGUGGCCAACCUCCGCGCUUCCCGCGGCGAUAUCGACGGCGCAAACCGAGUCAAAUCAGUAGCCAAUAAGUUCGGUGGAACCGGCGUCUUCGGAAUCGGAUUAUGGAGAUCCGCCUUGUCCUUGGGAUGGGAUUAUUUGAGGAAUUACUCUUGGCGAGACAUGCCCUUGUCUGAAUUGCUUGGAUCUGUUUCCGAAAUGAACGAGUUACUGAGAUCGCUCAGCGAGUUGACCCGUCUAGAAUCGGAAAUGGAGAAGGCAGCUUGGAUUGGCCGAAAUUAUGCAAGCCUUCUUAGGUUAUCUAAGUCAUUCUUCAGGAGAAUCCUCAAGGUUUUCAGUCGAUCGGGGCCAUUGAAGGAAACUUUGGAGAUGUUACAGAGAGAAGUGAUGGAGGGUGAAUUGCUAAGAGACUGCCUUGAGUUGGGUAGUAAAGACUUGAAGGGUGUGAUUCAAAUCCUGAAAGAUAUCAUCUUUCAGUACUAUUCAUCUUCCCAAAACAGUGAGCUUUAGUUUGACUGUGAAGAAAUACAUCCUAUAAUCUUAAGCAGGUUUCAAUCCUGAUCCACUUGUUUGUAGAUUAUCUUUCAAUUGUGGACUUGUAGUCUGUUUUAGUGAUCAUAAAUGAAGCUGGCUGAUCAUGUUGUAAGUGUUGGUAAUGGGCAUUGAUUCAUGCCCCCUCAUAUAGUUGUCUGCUAAGAUUUCAUGGGUAUGAAUGAUUGAAUGAUCAAACUGAAAACCUUAAUAUUUGU